GAGACGAUGGACGCGCUGGCGCAGCGGGUGAGCGCGCUGCGGGCCUCGCUGCAGAGCAGCCAAGGGAACACGGAGGGCAUGGUCGCCAUCCUCGGCUCCUUCGACCAGCGCCUCUCCGAGCUCGAGGCCACCAUACACCCCAUCCAGGUGAGGGCGCACGCGACCCAGAUGGCGCAUGAGAACAUCGACAAGGCGAUCAAGGUCGCCGAUGACAUCCUCGCCCAGGUCGUCAUCGUCCGCGAGGCAGAAGCUACGAUAUUGAGGGGGCCCCAUGUGGAUCUGGAGAGCUACCUGAAGGCUGUGGGUCAUCUGAAAGACGCUGUUGGUUUUUUCUCCUCGAGGGAGAACUUUACGAGUAAAGAACGAUUUCUGAAUGAUGUAAACGCUCUCUUAUCUAAGUCUUCUCUGAUGAUUGAGGAAGAAUUCAAGCGGUUGACGACAACAUACAGCAAACCUAUUGAGGGUGAUCUUAUAUUGGGUUCGCCUCCAAAGCUUCAAUGGGCGUCAGAUGGCGAUGCUGAAGCAGAUGGACGAAAUUCUGCCCACUCCGAGCAUCCAUCCAAAGACUUGGAAACUGCCAUUUGCAGGACUCCAGCACUGAUCCCCUCUAGAAUAUUACCCCUUCUUCAUACUAUAGCUCAGAAAUUGGUUCAGGAUGGAAACCAGCAGUCAUGCUACAAAAUUUACAGAGAUGCUCGUCGUUCGGCAUUAGAACUGAAUCUUCGGAAACUGGGAGUAGAAAGGCUUAGUAAAGAUGAUGUAGAAAGAAUGCAAUCGGAUGCUUUAGAAGCUAAAAUUGGAAAGUGGAGCAAGUAUUUGCAAAUUACAGUGAAGCUCCUUGAUGGAGAACGAAAAAUUUGUGAUGAGGUUUUUGAAGGUAUCAGUUUCAAUAAGGAUCAGUGUUUCAGUGAACUGGCAGGAACUGGAGUUUCUGUUGCUAAAACUCUUCUCAGCUUUGGAGAUGCUGUUGCUAAAAGUAAAAGGUCUCCUGAAAAGUUGUUUGUACUGCUGGAUAUGUAUGAAGUAAUGCAUGAAGUUAGAUCCGAGGUUGAAGUAAUUUUUCAAGACAGUUCUUGCUCUGAGAUGCGUGAGGCUGCAUUGGGCUUGAUGAAGCUCUUGGCACAGACUGCCCACGAAAUGUUUGUUGAUUUUGAGGAAUUAGUUGAGAAUGAUACUUCAAAGACUAACGUCCAUGACGGAACUGUCCAUCCUUUGACUAUCCGUGUGAUCAAUCAUGUUAAAUUCCUUUUUGAUUAUCAGUUAACACUGAAGCUACUACUUCAAGAAUUUGAAACUGGAAGUGAUACUGAAUCCCAACUUGCAGUUGUUUUGACAAAGAUAAUGCAAGCCCUUCAGAACAACUUAGACGGGAAAUCUAACCAGUACAAGGAUCCUGCGCUGAUGAGCAUAUUUCUUGCGAACAACAUUCACUACAUGGUUAGUUCUGUUCGCAGGUCAGAAGCCAAGCAUAUACUUGGUGAUGACUGGAUUCAGAGACAUCGUAGGAUUGUACAGCAACAUGCCAAACAAUACAAAAUGGUUGCAUGGGGAAAGGCUGUUCAGACUCUCUCCAUUCAAGUUGCCAGCAGCAGUGGUACAUCAGCAUCGUCUGAUCUUAGCAGCAGUGGAGUUUCAAGAGCUAUGAUCAAAGAAAGGUUUAAGUCUUUCAAUAUGCAAUUUGAAGAGCUUUGUGCAAAGCAAUCUCUAUGGACCAUACCUGAUCAAGAACUGAGAGAAACUCUGAGGCUUUCUAUAGCUGAAGUUCUCUUGCCAGCCUAUAUGUCCUUCGUUAAACGCUUUGGGAAUCUUGUUGAAAAUGAAAAGAAGCCUCAUAAAUACUUGAAAUACCAGCCAGAUGAGUUGGACCAGUUGCUGGGUGAGUUCUUUGAAGGACAACAAUCUGUUGAACAGAAGAAGUAAGCACCGGGGGGCAGUUAAAAAGGGAAUCCUGCUAGUAGUUCUUGUAGCAAACUUCUGUAAAGAUCUCUACAGA